CAUUCGAACGUCGAAUGACUUUUAUUAUGAAAAGUAUUGUAGUUUUACAGUGGCUUCACUUUAUGGUAAUGCGGAAGUUCUCGUGCUGAUGAUAACGAUUUCCAGUAGUGUACCGACACGUAGAUAAGGUGCAUUUGAAUGACUGUCUUUCCCAGAUAAGGUUGGUUACGCGAAAGGAAAGAUGGGUAAGCGGCGUAAGAGGGUCUCAACGGGUGAUGCAGUGCCUAGUCCAAGAAAGGAUGAAAAAACACCUGCUCCUCCACGCAGGGAGAAGAAAAAGAAAACUGACAUCGGAAAGGUGUUCAUCAAUAUAUCCAUCGGCUUGUGCAUCUUCAGCCUCACCUGGUUUUUCUAUGCUCUGUAUAUGCGCUCAGCCUUGGCCAAGAGGGUCGUGACCUUGCACCCUUCUCCACGGGUCCUGAAUGAUAAUAGCUCAAGUCCUGCUGUAUCUCCAGAGAGAUUCUGGGGCUCCUACCGACCCCAGGUGUACUUUGGCAUGAAAACAAGAAGUCCACAAUCUGUUGUGACAGGCUUAAUGUGGAUGCAGCAGUCUACUGAUAUGGAUGUAAAUUUGAGGCACACUUGCGAGCAGGGGGACCAUUUGCAGGGCUAUGGAUGGCUGAUGCACGAUGGGGUCUCUUUUGGGGUCCAGGAGAUUCAUGAUCGCCAUUUCACCUUGACUACAGAGUUUGUAAAGCGUAUGGGUGGAGAUCACGGCGGAGACUGGACUUGGAGGAUUACUGCCAAACAACAUAGCUCUGGUGCCACAGCUCCAGUGAUCUCGCUGAUGUUCUACGUCGCCACAGAUAUUCAGGGUUCCUUGCAAGCUCAUGCACAGGAGAAAAAUCACUUGAGCUCUGUUACAGGAACAUCUGAGGAACUUGGCAACUUCAAGAUCACUUUUGGAAAACCCACCGCAGGGGAAGGUGCAACUGGCAAAUAUGCCAGAUAUAAUUACUUGCAGACCAGGAGCCCUGGCCUGGAUAAAAUGACAGAUAUAGUGAAGAACAGCCUCAAUCACAAGUUUAUUUUCAGUCCUCCCAAAGGCGAAAAGAGACCAUAUUUCGCAGUGGAUUCUUACAAAGUCUCAAACCAUCAGAAUCAACAGCAAGAUCCCAAGACAGAGAGUGACUUUGUGGUGCAUCAGGUGACCGUUCAGACACCUUUCCAAAUAGAAGUUCUGUUCGAAUCCGGAAGCUUCCACGAAAGACCGAAUCAGCUUGCAGGCUCGGUGCUAACGGAUGAGCUGGAGAUGCGUAAGGCGGCUUUUGAUGAGAAGUUUGAGAGUACAUUUGGCCUCCAAGCUAAAGGGUUCACAUCUUCACACAUAAAAUUUGCCAAGGCAGCUUUAAGCAACAUGCUUGGUGGAUUGGGAUAUUUCUACGGCCAGUCGGUCGUACAAUCGGUUUAUAACGAACACCCCUUGCUUUACCCCGAAAGCCCACUGUUCACGGCAGUACCAUCUCGUUCUUUCUUUCCAAGGGGCUUUCUUUGGGACGAAGGGUUUCAUCAGCUUCUCCUGAGCAAAUGGGACCCUCGGUUAUCACAGGAGGUCAUAGCACACUGGCUCGAUCUUAUCAACGUCGAGGGCUGGAUCCCGCGCGAGCAGAUUUUGGACGAUGAGGCACGCAGCAAAGUACCAUCUGAAUUUAUAGUGCAGCACAAUGAAAAUGCUAACCCACCCACAUUGUUCCUGGUUCUGCAAAAGUUGGUUGAGGAACUGGAGGCCAAGCCGGAUACGCUGUCUUCUCAGACCAUGCUUCAUGUAUUGAAACGGCUGUAUCCAAGAUUGCAGACGUGGUUCGAGUGGUUUAACACCACGCAAGCCGGGCCUGUGGCCAACUCCUACCGCUGGCGAGGUAGGGACAAAGACACCAAUCUUUAUCUAAAUCCCAAGACCCUGACUUCCGGUCUGGAUGACUACCCACGGGCCUCCCACCCUUCAGCUGAUGAGAGGCACGUGGACUUGUAUUGCUGGAUGGCCCUGGCCUCCGGGAUUAUGGCAAAUGUGGCGAGAAUACUUGGGGAACCCUACCAGGUGUAUGAGAAUUCCCAUUAUACUCUCAGCAAUAAUGAUCUGUUAAAUGAACUGCACUGGUCCGAUAAUCUGCGGGCCUUCAGUGAUUACGGAAAUCACACCCAGUCCGUGUCACUUCAGCAAGAGAAAGUGUUUGUGCCUCCUGGACAACCACGACACCAGUUCCCAGUCACGCGACUGGUUCGUUCGGUUCGUAGAGCGCCCAAGUUGCAGUAUGUGAAUGCGUUAGGCUACGUUAGCCUUUUUCCUUUCUUGCUACAUAUCCUGACACCAGACUCUCCGAAAUUAGAGCAUAUUUUACGAGACAUUCACGAUCCUGAACGCCUUUGGACACCCUAUGGUCUCCGCUCGCUCUCACGUUCAGAUCCUCUGUACAUGAAGAGGAACACGGAACAUGACGCCCCCUACUGGCGAGGUCCCAUUUGGAUCAACAUCAACUACCUGGCUGUUAGAGCAUUGCAUCACUAUAGUAACAUUGAUGGACCAUACAAGGAGAAAGCAGCUGCCAUCUACCAGGAGCUCAGGACUAACCUAAUCAAUAAUGUUUACAAGCAGUAUCUGGAAACAGGGUACAUCUGGGAACAAUAUAAUGAUAGCACUGGCAGGGGACAGGGUAGCCACCCCUUUACAGGCUGGUCAGCUCUGACUGUACUAAUAAUGUCUGAAAACUACUGAGAAUCUGUAGCAGGCCAAAAUCAACAUGAUAUUCAGAGUCAGGAUGCUGAACUGGUGCCAUAUGUUUAUUCCAACAAAAUGUAUUUCGUUUUUACUUCAUGUGAAAAAAACUGUUGGAUUUUUAUUUUCUCAUUUGUUAUGAUUAAGCCCAAACUGUAUAAAAAUGUACAUUUUACAUACCAUUUAAUGUGAUUUAAUGAAUAUCCUCAGGUUUGAUGAGGCGAAAGCCUUUUCUUGUAUCAGGCAAAACAAUGUUAACUGUAUUAACCUGGGAAAUAACGGUGCACAUUUUUCUUGUUUCAUUGCUACAGUAUUUGGCUAAUUUAACAAAAUAAAAUAAAACAUUCUUAUUAAUUGUUCUUAAGUGUAUGUAAAUCACUUUAUGGUCGGUAUCAGUGGUGGCCAGAGACAUCUUUUUCGAGUCCGCACGAUGCAAAGCUCGUCACAACAUGUAUUUAGCCCGUCAUGUCAAAAUAUGUGUUUGGCCCGUCAUGUAAACUUAUGUGCAUCACGUGAUAGGGAUGGGACAAUAAAUGCAGAUACACACUAAUAAUACCUGGCCGGUAACGAUUCUGAAUUGCACAGCCGAUAUCAUACACAGCUUUUUUGUGUACUGCGGCUUUUGAUCAGUAGAAAGUCCUAGUUUGAGUCGUUUAUAACAUGCAUUCAAAUUCAAAUCAUGAUCAUCAUGAUAUUCAAAUUCUUGAUCAUCAUGAAAAUACCUGAAAGAACAGCAAAAUAAAUGCUAAAGCCAUUUCCUGGAGAUGCGUGAGUAAAUGGUUCUUCUUCUGUGGCCCACAUUGAGUUUCUGCCAGAGAGCCCCCUCUGGCUUUUGGAUGUAGCGGCAACGUAAUUCAUUGAGAAGCAUAGCAAUCAUCAUCGGCCAAUUUAUCGGCCCAUCCCUAUCACGCGUCUAAAGGGUUUAUAAUAAAAGAGACGCUCACGUUUGCCAGAUACUCGCUUAAUCUCAUGUUUAAUCAGAGUUUAGUGUUAAGUGAGUGUCUUGCGAGUAUUUUGUUGAACGUGAGCGUCUCUUUUUUCAUAAACUCUUUUGACGCGUGUGCAGCAGGCACGUAUUUUGACAAGAAGCAUGAUGCACAUGGUUCACAUGACGCAAUGAAGACGUAUUUUGACAUGACGAGCAACACACAUGGCACCCUGAACACAUAUUUUGAAUUCGCCCCCCUCAGAAGAGAAGUCACCGGCUGCCACUGAUCAGUAUGUCCUAAAAGUAUUGAUCGACAUUUGCAAUAAAUGCAAAAUUGUAGUUAUAGCACAAUUUUGCUUGAGAAUGGCAUGGCAUUUGGACCAAGACUUUUAGAUCUGUAAGAUCUCAUUAUCUGAGAGAUGAUUUUGUGUCAUUGUAUCAUCAUUUGUCUCUUUUUUUAUAGGAAACGUCAGUAGUAUACAAGUAAGCGCAGAUGUCAAUAAAGGCCUGUUGCACAUAGAUUUUGUGGAGAGUUGGGGUAAGCGAGGUUAACCACAUUGCUUAUUUAAACUUUAAUAUGUAAAGUAUGAACUUUAUAUAAAGUUUGUAGUUAAUUCCUAAAAA